UGUGUGGCUGUGAUCUGGUGCACUCUGGUUUCUUCCACCACUCCGGAGAGUACAUCUGCACUGAGGACUACCAGCGGCUCCAUGGGACCCAGUGUGACAGCUGCAGCCAGUACAUCACUGGGGAGGUGGUCUCUGCCCUGGGGAGGACGUACCACCCACACUGCUUCGUGUGCAGCAUCUGCAGGAGUCCGUUCCCAAUUGGAGACAGGGUGACCUUCUGUGAGAAGAAGUGUGUGUGUCAGCAGUGCUCACACACUCUGAAAAGCGACAAGCCCGUCAAGGUUCACGGGCCAAGCUACUGUGCCGGCUGUGGGGAGGAGAUCAAGCAGGGACAGUCCCUGCUGGCUCUGGAGAGGCAGUGGCACGUCAGCUGCUUUAAAUGCCGAACGUGCGGCUGUCCGCUCACUGGAGAGUACAUCAGCAAGGAUGGGAUCCCUUACUGUGAGAGUGACUACCACACUCAGUUUGGGAUCAGGUGUGACAGCUGUAACCGCUACAUCAGCGGAAGAGUUCUUGAGGCUGGAGGGAAGCGUUACCACCCCAGCUGUGCCCGGUGUGCUCGCUGUCACACGAUGUUCUUGGAAGGAGCGGAAAUGUACAUCACAGGUUCAGAGGUUUGGCACCCCAUGUGUAAAGAAGCCGCUCGACUGGAGAGGAAACUGAGGCUGAGGCGCACCUCGGAGACGGUGUCCAUUUCUUCUCCGGGUUCCUCUCCUCUCCUCGGCUCCCCUCACCGGCUCAUCUGUUCCAAAGGCGACGGUGAAGUGUUGGACUAUAAGCAGCUGGCGGCUCUGCCCCGGGUCAAAGCCAUCUAUGACAACCAGAGGCCUGACAUCAUCCCUUAUCAGGCGGACCAUGCACACACACACAACUCUGAUGACACUUUGGAGAGAUACAGCUGCGUACAGUCAUUGGGCUCCUUAUCAGCAUACUCUCAUGAUCUCUUGGACGGCGUUGAGCUGAGGACGAGGCGUUCCAGCUCCGCCUUCACUGACUCUCCCUCACACAGCCGCCACGGAGGCUCCCCCCUGCAUUACUAUCUCCCCGAUUCUGAGGACAGCAACAUCUACAGGAAACCCCCCAUCUAUAAAAGAAAAGACAUAUCUGCUUCUCCGACAGUCUUUAAGAGUAAGACCAAUGAGAACCUCCUGAAUUCCAGUCGCCUUUCCACCUCCAACUGCAGCAGCAUUUAUCACCCGGACUCCAACUACUACCCAUAUACCGGCUCUCCAAAAGUCUCCAGGGUGAGGAGGUUUUCUGCCGGAGGAGAAGAGGAUGGAUGGAAUCAAAAUAUAAACAAAGGAAUUGGCAGGAUGAUCCUGAAGGAGGAGAUGAAGGCGCGGUCCGGUUGUCACGACAAUGACCAAUGGAGCAGCAGGCGCACUUCUCGCUGUAGCAGCAAGGAGGCGCUGAACAACCUGGCCUACAGCUCUCUCAACGGCUCUCCCAAGUCCGUCUACAGUUUAGACAGCGACUCAUGCAUUGCCAAAUCAUCGUCGUUGCCAGGCUACGGCAAAAAUGGACUGAGGGUAAGCAACCUAUCAUGUUAACUGUGUGUGUAAUGGCAAUUUCCUGUUUCUAUGUCCUAUAUAUUGUUGCCAUUACUUCACAGAAGGGCUGAAGAGUGAUCCAGACGCAGACACAAACAGAUGACUUUCCGGUCCUUUGGUGCAGUUUAUAAUGAGGUUUAUUCAGCGUGUACAUACCAGGGUUUAAUUGUACAGUUUAGUUGUUGUGGUGAGCAUCUGCCGGGCUGGUGGAAUCGGUAUGCUCUCUUCCUUCUGUGUCCUCGUCCUCCUGUCACCUAUGACCUCUUAUAUACACCCGGUGCAGCUAAACCCCGCCACCAAGUGUUCAAAAAUAAUAUUGCACUAUACAUAUAACUUAAAUAAACUGACA